AUGGAAAAUGUUUCUAUGACCAUUCGCGCCGACAAUGUCUACAGAACAUAUGCUACUGGACAAGACCCCGCGACAUUGUUCAAGAAGGCAACUUCAUACAUGGACAGCGCAAAAGCAACCUCUCGAAAUGAAGAACAGGAACAGACGCUCAAUACACAGCUCGAGGACUUGAUGCUGCACGCGAUUUUCGGAAGCAACAGAAUCGAGAGUGCCGGCCUCAAUCUCGACAUUACCGUUCACCUCUGUCGCAAGAUCCUGCGCGGCGAGGACGUCGGAGAAAUUACUGAACGAACACCAGAAUAUUUACAAAAGCUGGCGGAACUCUAUUGCAUGGACCCCCUCCUGAAAGAGAAGUCUGUGAAGCUUGUACUCCGAGGCCGUCAAGAGAUUAUUCAACACGUCAAAGCCUUUCAACACAUGAUCCACCACUUCGCCGUCAACAAGGAGGACAUGACCGAAGAGCUGAUCAAAGAAACGCACGCCAUCCUCUGCAAAGGGGUCCCGGUAAUUCACAGAGAAGGCCCGGAGACACCCUCCAAGGACUACGCCGGCAAGUAUCGCAAGGUCAUUGUUGGCGCUGGCAACUCAAACUUUGUCGUUCCCCAGCGCGUCCCGGCCCAAAUGGCUAAACUUUGCGCCGACUUGAAGCAAGAUAUUUUCAAAGCUGAGGCAGACAAGUAUGUUGACCCCUUUUCUCUUGCCUCCAAGUACUCGUUGGAGUUUGUGCAGAUCCAUCCAUUCCUGGACGGUAACGGCCGCAUGUGCAGAAUGAUUCUCAACGUCAUUCUUUUUCGGUUUACGGGUAUCUUUGUCGCGAUCGGAGAGCGCGAGUCUGACAGGGAGGAGUACAUGGGAAUCAAAAGGAGAUCCUCGGCAACAAUGGAAGGGCAUGGAGAGUACGCUACGUUUGUGCUGGACAAGGGAAUGAGGAGUUUUAGGAAGCUGAAGCAAAAGUUGCAUGGAAAACGCGGAUAA